AUGUAUGCCCAUUGGAGUGCCCCUGUCUCAGACAGUAGAACAGAGGACAAAAGGCAGAAUUCAAAGCCUGAUGCUCUGUACUCACGCCCGCCCGUCCCAGCCCUGCUGCCGGCCUUUUUCGGGCUCCUCGGGCAGCGACAUCAGCUCAGCAGCCUGCGUGACCCGGGGCUCUGGUGGAGCUCUGUGUGCCGCGCUCCCGGGCAGAAGCACACGACCCAUUCCCGCUGCCGGGUUUCCGGAUUUGCGGCAGAACCGGGCACAGCCAAUCGGCCAGGGCUCAGAAAUGCGUCUCUCCUCGACCCGUCUCUCUUUGUCUCUCCGAGCUCUCGCCUCGCUGAGGUUGCUGCAGUGGCUGUGAGCAGAGCCCAGGUGCAGCAGGAGCCGGCGGCAGAGACCAGAGAAGGCACCGGCAUCAACAUCACCUGCUCACACCCCAACAUACAGUCCAACGACUACAUCCAGUGGUACCGUCAGCUCCCGGGCCGAGGACCCGCAUUCCUCGUGAACGCUUUUAAAGGCUCCAAGGAGGUGCCGGACCCGGAGGGGCAGCUGUGGGUGUCGGCAGACCGCCGCUCCAGCGUCCUGCGUCUCGCCCGGCCCCGGCUCGGGGACGCGGCGCUGUAUUACUGCGCCGUGGGCGCACGGAAGCGAAGCCGGGGCUGCGGCCGGGCACAAACCGCUUGGGGCGGGGCGGGGGCACAGUGCCGUCUGGGCCCGCAGGGGGCGCUGCCUGCAUGGCCGCCAAACUCCAUCCUGACCGGGGUGCGCAGCCCUGAGUUCUCCACAGAAACGAGGCUGCACCCAUAGCAGCCACUGCCG